CUCAACAAGAAUGUUUGAUACCAUUAUUUCUCAGCCUAGCACGCUCAAGCUCGUGACGUCCCAAACGAGGCUGAAGAAGAGUCUUGCUGCAAAGCACACGAUGCUUCCUAACCUUUCUCAAAGAAUCGAAAGCAGCCGUCAGGGAAGGGAGAAACCCUUCCAGCAAAGAAUGGCUGAGGAGCCAGCCCAGAGCUCAGCUUUGAGGAUUCUCAUAGAGGACGCUAACAGGAUGUUCCGUCUUCGCCAGAAGCGCAAGCGGAAUUUGGAAGGAAGUCUUACUCUCAAUCGGAAAUAACUUCUUGCCGAGCAAGAAAGGACAAAAGAAAGCCCCCCAGUUUGGAAGACAAGUAUCCUUGCUCAAGAAGCUGAAGAUCCUUGAGAAUCAGGACAAAUAAAAAGCUGAACAAUCUUGAUCGGAGAGACAAUGACCGGGCUAUUAAGAUCCUUCGGAGAAAGAUAAAGGAGGAAAGACUUCGAAACGAAUAUUUUAAUAAGAAGCCUGAGCCAGAACUAAGGAUAUCUCAAAAUGCCAAAACUGCUCUUAACCAUAGUUAUGAUGUCCUAUUCUCAAGUUACAAGUCUCCCAGAGAGGACGAGAGUACUCAGAAGGAGUUGGCUGCACUCCAAGACACGUGUCGGCCCUCUUCAACUGAAGAGGAUGACAAUUAUGAUAGUCUGAACGCAUGCAAGCGGAUCCAUAAUGUUGGGAUAACUUUCGAUGAAACUGAUCAGACUUACUCUCAGAAGGUCUCUGGCUCUCCAGAGGAAAGAAAAAUGGUCAAAAAUGUCUUGUUUUUGGAAAACAAGUUCGAAGAUGAGAGAGCAAAGCUAGAACUUACUUGAAAAGCGAUUCAGGAAAAUAGCUCCAUGAAUAAAAAUAGUACUCUCCGUGCACCCAGAAGUAUCUCUAACUUCAUCACUCCAGAGGAGGGCUAUCAAGGCUCGACAGAUUCCAUGAAAUUAAGGCGACGUAAAUUUCACGGUGUAAGGAUACAUCCACCUGGGAAAAUCCAGAUCGAAGCGAAAUAAGACUCUAAGGCUACGAAAUCCAAUGGUUGCCAAAGUUGAAGAUCUUGACACCACGAUGGACCGAAGGAAGUUGCAAAACAGGAAGCAUAUGGCCUCUAGAAUUCAGGCACACAUUCAAGAAGGGCAAGCUCAUUUUGAGAGGAAGAUAUCGCUUGCUCCUAAGUUUUGGAAAUAAGGUAGUUCAAUCUGAA